AAUUAUAUGUGUCCUGAACAAAAUCACCAGUUACAUCUUGGGCUCACUUGUGCAAGCAUCAUCGGAAACUUCAAAGGAAGUCUUACCUGAGCGUUAAUUGGAUUGAUCACCUGUCCAUGAUAGGCACAUCGUCAAGAAGCAUGUUCCCAUCGCUGCAUAUCAGUGCGUCUGGAUUGUGCGAGAGAGGUUCGGCUCGUCGCCCCUCGGAUCUGGAAGCGAGCUUCCCCCAGCCAGCGAUAAGAGCACCCCAACCGAGCACCAGUGUGUCGGAGACACGACCCAGCCUCACCAACGUGUCGUUGAGCGCUGUAGGCGGUGGCGCUCUUCAACCCUUCCACAAUCUGCCGUUCUGUGGUCCAUCCCUGUCAGGGCCUUCUGGUGCCCUGGCGCUCCCCUCCCCCCUUCUUCACUACCCGUCACUCUACCCAGGACAGGCCGGGGACCUCAAACAUAUCAGUUUCACCCACUAUCAAGCUGUCAACCAGGCGGCCUUUGCGACAGAGAUGUCCAAACUGAAGUCUCCUUUCAUUAACAGGAACUAUCUUGAACUCGCAAUGCUAGUCUGCAAUACCUUCAGAGGGAAGCUGUUUCCUUGCCCGCAUUGUCGAUACGUCACAGACCGACGUAACAACCUAAAGAGACACAUCUCCACGAUGCAUCAAGCUUGUGACAAGGUUCUGGAAUGCUGUGGUGUUCACUUCACCACCAAGGCUUCUCUGCGGGAACACAUAAUGAUCUUCCACCACAACGGUUACUCUUGCCCUUAUUGCGGAAGGCGGUUUUGCCGAAAGGCGCUCCUCAAACGCCACUUGUCGGUACACAGUGGCCAGAAAGACUACACCUGUCCACACUGCGAUUAUGCUACAAGCCACAAGAGCAACUUGGAACGACACAAGAGAAUCCAUGACCGCCUGAGAAUCGGAGACGACGGGGAUAAAUCAGAUGAAUUCAUCGACCCCUGUUCCCCAAGCUACGCUCCCGAUACAACUGGGACACACUGUGAAGACAAAGAUGAUGAUGUAUGCGAGAUCGUUGAUGACGUCAGUGACGACGAUGACCUUGACCUCGAUGAUGACGAGGACAUGGAUGCAUGCUCGACCAUGUGUCCUCCGAUGAACAUUUUUGCAAAACCUAUGGACUUGUCAGAUGUUUCCAAGAUGCAUCCGAAGCCUGAGAUUUCCCAUGCUGCCUCAUCCUCUAAAGUCACUAGCAUUGCAGACAUCGUAAACUUGUCAAUGCCUAGCAAAGCACCGGACAGUUCUCAGGCAGUUUAAUAGGUUAAUAUAAUAUUUCAUUGAAUGAGUUUAAAUGUAGCGAAGCAGUAGACGGUUCUUUAUAACAAAAUACAUGGGAGUUCUAGAUAUGUGCAUAUUAUUAGUCCAGUGCAUGUGCUUCUAUUAAAAACACCCCGCAAUAGCUAUUUUGUAAGACAGAGUGACGAACACCAAAUUUCAGUUGCUGUGACAUGGACUUAAAGAUGCACUUAAUGCUUAUGCACUGAACACUAUGGGCCAGUUUCUCCAACGUAAUGACAAAUUACUAUUGGUACUCAUUAAGAUACGUGAAAUCUGUUAACCAAGUAUUAAGUGCGUGUCAAGGAUACGAAACCAUAGAACAGAAAACAUGUGAUUUAAUUCACUCUGUCAUACAUACGGCUGAGAUGAAAUGACUCCCAGGACUGUAUAGUAUAAGUACGUUAAAAUAUGAAAUGAAAUUAAUGUAUACAGUUUUACAUGUACAUCAAAUGACCGUGUUAAGUUAUUGUAUAUAUGAUAUUUGAUGUUACAAAUUUUAAAGGGUAUUUUGAAACAUAAUCGUAUAGUUUCAUCGAGAGAACAUUCUGGUCGCAGGUUGGUCCUGCAUGAUGAGCUGCACAGUUUUGAUACAUGUAAAAUAUUUUGAUGUACAUAAGUGUUAUUUAUUAGUCUAAGAUAUACAAUUCUCAACUUGUGAGAUUCAUUGUAAAUAUUCAGAACAGUUGUGUAUUGAGAGUAAUAAAGCAUCA